AGUUUCGUCCAUGCACACGCUGAGCAACCAACAUCGGGUAACGCAGUGCAAAACGGAGCAGGAUAAAGUUUGUCUAUUCUGCGGAAAAGCUGGUCAUCGGAUGAAAGACUGCACUAAGUUCCAAAAACUCGCAGUGGACGAUCGAUGGAAAAAUGUGCAGAUGCUGAAGGUUUGCAGAACUUGUCUUAAUCUACACGGGCGACGCACGUGCCGCAUUUCAAGUCGAUGUGGGAUAGACGGUUGCCAAUUCCGUCACCAUCAACUGCUACACCAGAAGAGCGAAGAAAUCACCAAGAAGACGCCGGAAGUCAGGAGGACAGAAGAUCAUGCACACCACCAUCAUGAGCAGUCCAUUCUGUUCCGCAUCAUUCCCAUAAAAAUCCAUGGGACUACAAAAUCCGUCAAUGCGUUUGCCUUUUUGGACGAAGGCUCUUCCGCAACGCUCGUCGAGCGCAGCUUAGUUGAAGAACUUGGGAUUGAAGGUCCAAACGUCCCGCUCUGUCUCAAGUGGACGGCAAAUAUGACAAGAAACGAAGAAGAAUCGCAGGUAGUAUCAUUGGAGGUAUCUGGAGUUGAUCAGAAGAAUCGGCUCCACCUAGUGAACGUCCGCACCGUAGAAAGUUUGAACCUACCAACUCAAACGCUCCGCUUCGAUGAACUUCAAAAGGACCACCCUCAUCUGAAAGGCCUUCCAAUCCAUAACUACGAGAACGCUACUCCUAAGCUCCUUGUAGGCCUUCGAAAUUUGCAGUUUGCAGUACCGCUGAAAGUCAAACAAGGACGAAGCGGUGUCAUAGCGACCAAAACGCGUUUGGGAUGGUGCGUAUACGGCAGUCUGGACGAGGUGCAAAACAACGCGGAGUUCAGCUACCACGUGUGUGAAUGUGAAGCCGAAGAGAAGCUGGAGCAACUAGUUAAAGAAUACUUCAAUGCUGAAGACUGUGGAGUACGCCAUCAGGAUAUCCUGGAGUCCGAUGCCGAAACGCGAGCACGGAAGAUCAUGGAAGCGACGACAAGCAGGAUAGAAAACCGUUUUGAAACCGGGCUUGUGUGGAAGACAGACAUCGUGGAGUUUCCUGACAGCUUUCCGAUGGCGUUACGCCGUCUGCAGUGCCUCGAGAGGCGCAUGGAUAAAGACCCACUUCUAAAAGAGAACAUCCACCGUCAAGUGCAGGAAUACCAACAAAAGGGCUUUGCACACCUAGCAACAGAAGACGAGCUUGCCGAGGUAGAUCCCAGGCGGAUCUGGUAUCUUCCGUUAGGAGCAGUCUACAACCCCAAAAAACCGGGGAAGGUACGAUUAAUCUGGGACGCAGCGGCAAAAGUAGACGGGAUCUCGUUGAACUCCCUUCUGCUACCCGGCCCGGACCUACUUGUAUCGUUGGUAUCGGUGCAGUUUCUUUUUCGUCAAUAUCAAGUCGCCGUCAGUGGAGACAUCAAAGAGAUGUUCCACCAGACGAGAGUUAUCGAACGUGACCGACCUUCUCAAAGCUUCCUGUUCCGCAGCAACCCGUUACAAAAGCCAGACGUCUAUAUAAUGGACGUGUUAACCUUCGGAGCAACCAGCUCUCCAACGUCAGCUCAAUUCGUUAAGAACCGAAAUGCACAGGAGUUUGCCGACGAGUUCCCGAGAGCUGCUGAUGCCAUAAUCAAACGGCAUUACGUCGACGAUUAUCUCGACAGUUUUGAGACAAUCGACGAGGCGAAGACGGUUCCUGGCGAGGUUAAAUGGAUCCAUGCACAAGGAGGCUUCGAGAUCCGAAAUUGGUCGUCCAACCAAAAGGCAGUACUGGAUCACUUGGGAGAAGCUCCGAAACAGGAAACGAUAGAUUUGUCCUUGCAGUCGAAAACGGAGCGUGUGCUGGGAAUGCUGUGGUGCACAAGAGAGGACGUGCUAUGCUUCUCUACAGUCUUCAAGGACGAAAUCGCGACGAUGAUUGAAACGGGAACGAAACCGACUAAACGCCAGGUACUCAAAUGUAUCAUGAGUCUGUUUGACCCGUUAGGCCUACUGGCGUGCGUCCUAGUACACGGGAAGGUAAUAAUGCAGAGCAUAUGGCGUAGCGGCAUCAAAUGGGAUGAGUGUAUCGACGAAAACGUCUACCAAGAAUGGAUGAAAUGGAUUGGCUUGUUGGACGACGUUAGCACUGUAAAAAUACCUAGGUGCUACUUCCACAAUGCGAGUUUGGAUCUGUACCGUUCGUUGGAAGCACACGUUUUUGUCGACGCAAGUGAAGCUGCAUACGCAGCUGUAGUUUACUUCCAUAUUGUCAACCAAAACGGAACUGGAACAUGCGCUUUAGUGUCUGCGAAAACAAAGGUGGCCCCACUAAGGUACGUCUCCAUACCAAGGUUGGAGUUGAUGGCGGCUGUCCUAGGGGUUAGAUUGUUCUCAUUCGUGCGCGACAACCAUUCCGUCAAAAUCAAUCGAGCAAUCUACUGGUCUGACUCUGAAGUUACCCUAGCUUGGAUCCGCUCGGAACAUCGGAAGUACCGCCCGUUUGUAGCCUGUCGUGUUGGUGAAAUACUAUCGUCGACCAACGUGAACGAUUGGAGACAUGUUCCCAGCAAGAUGAACAUUUCAGACGAAGCAACUAAGUGGACUGACGGGCUGUCUCUUGGAGCGUCAAGCCGCUGGUUCAAUGGCCCAGCAUAUCUGCAACUGCCGGAAAAUGAGUGGCCCAAAUCGAAACGAUCUAUUGCGACUACUGAUGAAGAGUUGAGAGCGUGUCAUCUACAUCAAGAAUCCGACGUUCUGUGUUCUCCCAUAGACUACAGCCGAUUUUCCAACUGGAAUCGGCUGCUACGUACAACGGCGUAUAUGAUCCGUUUCGGAACGCCUCGUAGUCGGAACACCUCGGGAAAAAGAAUUGAUCACUUGUUAACACACGUAGAAUUGAAGGUAGCCGAAAUUCUGCUGUGGAAAUUAAUACAAUCAGAAGCAUAUCCGGAUGAGAUUGCGAUUCUCUCGAAAAACCGGACUCUACCGAUGGACAAACAACUAGUUCUGGAUAAAUCAAGUCCACUUUGGAGUCUGACACCUAUGCUUGACGAAAAUGGGAUUCUUCGCAUCGAUAGCCGCAUUACAGCAGCCCAAGGAGUAGCAGAAGACCUAAAGUUUCCAAUUAUAUUACCUAGGAAGCAUUCGGUUACCAUCCUCAUCGUCAACGAUUAUCAUCGGAAGUUCCUGCACGAGAAUUCUGAAACGGUGGCCAACGAAAUACGGCAACGAUUUUAUGUUGCUCAUCUGCGCACCGUAGUUAAAGGACUGGAGAAGAGAUGUCAAUGGUGCAGAGUAUAUAAGGCCAAGCCUUCGACGCCAAGAAUGAGCCCUCUUCCGGAAGCACGUUUAACGCCUGGUGUACGCCCGUUCACCAACAUUGGAGUCGAUUAUUUCGGGCCAAUCCUGGUGAAAGUGAAUCGAUCCGUAGCAAAACGCUGGGUGUGCUUGAUCACGUGCCUCACAAUCCGCGCUGUGCAUGUAGAGGUUGCAUAUGACCUUUCGACGAAGUCUUGUAUUGCCUGUCCACGCCGCUUUGUCUGUCGCAGGGGAGCACCGAAGGAAAUUUAUUCCGACAAUGGACGGAACUUCACCGGAGCAAAUCGCGUGCUGAGGGAUCAAAUCCACCAAAUCGAACGAGAAACAGCUACGACCUUUAUCAGCACGGAGACGAAGUGGUUCUUCAUUCCGCCAUCGUGUCCUCAUAUGGGUGGGUCAUGGGAGCGAAUGGUUCGUUCCAUCAAAACAGCUAUGACCAGCCUUCCACAGGAUGAGAAACUCAACGACGAGGGAUUGUUGACGGUAUUAGCGGAGGCCGAAGCAAUCGUUAACUCCCGACCACUUACCUACCUACCGUUACACUCGGCUGAACAAGAAGCACUCACACCCAACCAUUUCAUUAUGGGAAGUUCAGGCGGAGUUACGCAACCGAUCAUGACAAAAAAGGACUACGUGAGUGACAUCUACGCAUCUUGGGACCUGAUUCAACGACGGACUAAUCAUUUCUGGAAACGGUGGGUCCUGGAAUACCUGCCUACACUUACUAAGCGUACAAAAUGGUUUGGAGAAGUGAAGCCGCUCAAAAUUGGAGACCUUGUUGUAGUAAUCGAUGAAACCAGAAGGAACGGCUGGAUACGCGGACGUGUUGUUGAGGUAGCUACUGGCAGAGAUGGCAGAAUUAGGCAGGCGAUGAUUCAGACACCUAGUGGAUUUUUCCGGCGGCCUGUUUCCAAAUUGGCUGUGCUGGACGUGGCAGGACGCAGUGAGGCUGCUGGACCCAUACAUCCUCACGGGGAGGGGGAUGUUGCCACGACCGCAGCACCGGCAACCCGGCCUUCGACAUCUGAAGAUUCCCUCCAUCAACGCUAGGCGCGCCACCGGACUUGACAGAUUGAUUUCAACACGACUGUAAGAAACCCUUGAUCUAUCGAUGGCAAUGUUUUGAUCCAAUGUGUGCGAUGCAUGAACGUGUUAAUCGAUGAACUCAAUUUUGCUUAAAUUUAUGAUUAAAAGUGAGAUAUUCGUGAUUGUUAUAAAUAAUUUAGUGCCUAACAGUCAUCUAUUGAAUUUCAGAUUAAAUUCUCACUAUUUGAUGCUCUAAAAGUAUCUUAAAUUGAUAGAUUACUCUUACUUUGAAUUGGUAGGUUAGUUUCUCAAAGAUUAUUGCUUUACUCGUAAACUAAUGAGAUCUUCUUCAGGUUAAAUUUGUGAUCUAAAAUUCACAUAUAUUCUUCAAAUUAAAAAUUAAAACUAUUAUACUAUGAUACAUUUUCGGUAACAAUUGGAUUAUUUGUACCGCAACUUAGCAUAAUAAUGCACUAUUAAAUGUAAGUAACAUUAAUGUUAUCGCUAUCGAACAUAACUGAAAUGGAUAAAUCUCUUUCAGCUUGAAGCAUACACCAAUAAAACUGCUAUCAAGAAUAGUGCUAAGUUUGUUUGAAGCAACAACUAUAAAGGUUUAAAAAGAUCGUUAAACCGUGGUCGUUGGAUUUUUUUCCAAUGUUACGCCAGUUUGUCUGUGUUUUCUUGUUUAUGAUCCUAUCUGCCAAAAUGACCCGAUAAUUGACAGUUAUUCUUAGUUUGAUA